UGAUGUGAUGCUUGACAAAGUGGUUUCGUUCUCCUUAAACACAGAGGCGGGUUUGUUCAUCUUCCUCAUGCUGAGGUCCUCCAGAUCUGAGCGCUUCAAGCAUCUGGUGGUUCCUCUGAAGGCCAGUGAGAGACCCUUCAGGCUCCACUGGCUGCUGCCCAUCUACUUCCUGUUCGCUGUGGCUCACGACAUCUUCCAGUCCAUCAUAGAGUUCACUGAGAACGUGUCGCUCGUCCUCCACACCAAUUCUUCUCGUGGAUGAGAGAGACUGGAUAUCAGGUGGGACAACAGCUGAGGUCCCUCAGGAAUGGACAGUUAUUACCUCACACCAAAACCAACACACACAACACCGCUAAUGUUUUCACUACUGUGGAUGUCAGUGCG